AUGGGGGCGGAACUAUCGAGUAUGAAGCUUGAUGCAGGCACACGAUCUUAUUCAGUCGAUGUGUACUCUCUUGUUUCCGGCCAGAGAUUCUUGUUUGACCGUACUCAAACAAUUUCACAGAAAUCAAUAAAUUCACAACAUAUUCAACGAAAUUUAGUAACUCCGGAGUAUCAAGCAGAUUGGACGGUUACAUUUGAUAACUCUGUUACACCUUGUCCACGAAAAUAUCAAUGUUCUUCUUAUUCUCCCGAAAAAGAUAUACUUUUCAUAGCAUAUGGUCAAGGUUCGAAAGGCCAAUAUCUCAGUGACUGUUGGAUAUUAGAUUUCUCGACAAUGAAAUGGAAUAAACUCGCCCAAAAUUUACUUUCGCCUCGAGCCGGGUCCAGCUGCAUUUUUGUUCAGGAUAAAGUGUUUAUUUUCGGUGGAGAGCACCAGGGAACUUAUUAUACAGACCUACAUUCAGUAGAUAUCAAUACAGGAGAAUAUAAAUUGGUUGAAACUACCGGAAUCAGCCCUGAAGCAAGAUCAGGAUGCGUAAUCAGCUACUGGAAGAACAAGUUAUACAUUUGGGGAGGUUUUAAUUCAAAAAUUUUGAAUAAUUUGUACGUUCUUGAUAUGGACACCUACAAAUGGACAAAAAUCGAUAUACAGUUCCUCGGACGUGCUGCUCCUGCCUAUUGCACGGUCGACAAUAACGUCUGGAUCUACGGAUCUACGAGAAAUCAAGGUUUGAUAAAAUUAGACAUGGAAACGAAUAAGUUAGAAGCGAUCGACUCCUGCGGAAAAACACCACCGAUGGAUAAUCAAGCCGCAGUUAUGAUAAGAUUUGAAGAUUAUUUGGUAUUUUUCGGCGGAAGGUGCGAACCAGAGAGUUACUCUCUUGUUUACGCGUUCUACAUACCUAAAUCUCAAUGGUUCACACUGCAUGUUCGUCCAGAUUCCGAUACUUUGACUUUGGCCGACGGAAUCGUGAAUGAAGACGGUCAGUUCUUACUUCCAAGCGAACAAGGUUUCUCUGCGUUAUACAAAGAGAAGGACAGAACUAUUUAUUCUAUAUUUGGCCAAUAUUGCAAAGCUCCAUUACCGAUUUACACUUUGUAUCUCGGAAAUGCAAUAUCAUUCUUGAAUCACAGGAAUGAUAUGCUUGAAAUGUUUGUAUUUUCGUCAUAA